GGAGCUUGGACCGCGUCGCUCUCUCUCCUCUCCUCUCCUCUCCUCUCCUCUCUAGAGCCAGAUAGUACCCCAAUUGGACGUCAUUUCCGAAUUCAUUCGGGGGCAGCUACAUUUACUUACGCUCCUUCUCCCCCAUCUACUCUGUCGACAUUGCUGCGUCACUUGUUGUUGUGUUUCUCUCAAAACACCCCUUCCUCUCUUGACAUCUACCUUGCAUCCGCAUUGUCCAUUACCACGUCGAUACCUACAUCAAGCAUCUGUCCGACACCAUCGCCAAACCGUCUGACUAUCCUCACCAUGUCGUCCAAACCAGACCCGAGCGGAACAUCCAAACGCUUCCAGCUGCCCGCCCUUGACUUCAGCUUUGCGCCUUUGACCGAAGGCACCGAUAUCCCCCCUCCCGAACCGUCGCCCAAGAUAAGGGACGAGGCGCUCAGUACACCAAACGGGGAGGACCUCAAGGAAAAAAACACAAAUGGAAGUGGAAAUGGGUCACUGGCCCCGCCCAAUGGAAAAUCCAGCAGACCACACAUAUCCUUGCCGACGUCGCCUACCUCGUCCACGUCCGGGACCACCAAGUUGUCAGGUGAAGACCACCUCACAUCACCCACGACGUCGUCGAGUCACAACGGAAGCAUCCGCCGUAUGCUCAGUCGCCACAAGCUGAAGGGGCCCUUCGUCAACGGCGAGAAGACAAUUGCCGAAAAUGGAGGAACAGUGUCGUCGGCCCAUCAGCAGCAGCAACAGCAGCAGCAGCAGACGACGAGUCACCGGCCGCCGUCUAGCAACCGACCGCCGAGUAGCAACAACAAUUUUGAAGUCAAGAAGUCGAAACGGGUCAGUGGGUGGUUUGGCAAGCUUUUGGGGGGAGGCGACAAGAGCUCGACUACCAGGAAUAGGCGUGCCAGUAUGAUGGCUCCCCUUACCUCGCUAUCUACCCCUGAACCGGCACCGGUACGACCGCUUACGGAGAAUAAGCCCAAGGGCGGGCCGCCGCCUCCCAAGAUUCCUGAGCUUAGCGAGCUUAAGUCUAGGCUGGAUGCGAAAGACGGCGGGGGUCUUCUUGGGGAUGAUUUGUUCAAGAACAUAAAAUGAGCAGUCAACAACUGCGAAAAGGGGCGAGGUGGAGGUGAAACGCGGCACUUUUGCAACGAGCGGGAGAAAUACAUUCGUGGGGCUGGAAGCAAUUGCCAGACUACACUUCCUUUGGAGAGAAAGACGAGCGAGAAAUCAUAGACGCACUGUUGAGGGGA